CGCUGAUUGGAUGACGCUGUUUCCGUACAGUUCUACAGCAGCAGAAAUAGGCUGAGUAUCUGUUGGCACAUUCGUUGCACAAUUUUGGAAAAAAACCUCUUUCCAGUAUUAUUACAUUUCUUCCAGAGAUUGUACACGAUCCCUCAAAAAUAAAAGAAGAUGGCGCAGUGGUGCCAGCUCCAGAUGCUGGACUGCAAGUACCUGGAGCAGGUGGACCAGCUGUAUGACGACUCGUUCCCCAUGGACAUCCGCCAGUACCUGAGCAAGUGGAUCGAGAGCAUCGACUGGGACACGGUUGCCAUGCAGGACUCUCUGGCCACAGUUCGAUUCCACGACCUCCUGGCACAGCUCGACGACCAACACAGCCGCUUCGCCCUGGAGAACAACUUCCUGCUGCAGCACAACAUCCGCAAGAUCAAGAGGAACCUGCAGGAUCGGUUCCAGGAAGAUCCAGUCCACAUGGCCAUGAUCAUCUCCAGAAACCUGAAGGAGGAGCAGAAGAUCCUGGCCACUGCAAAAAGUGCAGAGCAGGAGGGUGAAGGGACGGUGUCGGCCAUGGUGGUGGAGAAACAGAAGCUGGACAACAAAGUAAAGGAGAUGAAAGACCGAGUCCAGGUAGCGGAUCAGAACAUUAAGAACCUAGAAGAUCUGCAGGACGAGUACGACUUCAAAGUCAACACGCUGAAGAACAGAGAGAAUGAAAUGAACGGCAUGACACCAAAGGAGCUGGAGAAAGAGAAAAUGACGGUUGGGAGGAUGGGCUUUGAACUCAAAGCCAAACGACAGGACGUGGUGACCCAGCUGACCGACCUCCUCAACGUCACUCAGGCGUUGCUGUCUGACCUGAUCUCCGAGGAGCUGCCUGAGUGGAAGCAGCGGCAGCAGAUCGCCUGUAUCGGCGGUCCGCCCAACGCCUGCGUGGACCAGCUACAGAACUGGUUCACAGCAGUAGCAGAGAGUCUCCAGCAGGUCCGUCAGCACCUGAAAAAGCUGCAGGAGUUGGAGCAGAAGUUCACCUACGACAGCGACCCCAUCACACAGAAAAAAGCUUUCUUGGAGGCCCGAGCCCUGGAUCUCCUCAAGAACCUUCUCUCCAACUCCCUGGUUGUGGAGAGGCAGCCCUGCAUGCCCACCCACCCUCAGAGACCCCUGGUGCUGAAAACAGGCGUCCAGUUCACUGUGAAACUACGGUUCCUGGUGAAGCUGCAGGAGUUUAACUACCAGCUCAAAGUCAAGGCUGUGUUUGAUAAAGAUGUUACAGAGAAGAAAGGGUUUCGGAAGUUCAACAUUUUGGGAACAAACACCAAAGUUAUGAACAUGGAGGAGUCAAACGGCAGCCUUGCAGCAGAGUUCAGACAUUUGCAACUGAAAGAGCAGAAGGUCGCCGGCAACCGAACGAAUGAGGGUCCUCUGAUCGUCACCGAGGAGCUUCACUCGCUCAGCUUCGAGUCCGAGCUGCAGCUCAACCAGUCGGGUCUCAACAUCAAACUGGAGGCAAUAUCUCUGCCUGUUGUGGUCAUAUCUAACGUUUGUCAGCUGCCCAGCGGCUGGGCCUCCAUCCUCUGGUACAACAUGCUGACCACCGAGCCGAAGAAUCUGAAGUUCUUCCUCUCCCCUCCGUCCGCGAAGUGGUCUCAGCUGUCCGAGGUUCUCAGCUGGCAGUUCUCCUCCGUCACUAAGCGAGGCCUGAACCAGGAGCAGCUCAACAUGCUGGCUGACAAACUGCUCGGAGCCAAGGCCCAGAGGAACCCAGAGGGACAAAUUCCAUGGACCAAGUUUUGCAAGCAGGGUGCCAAUGAGAAAGCUUUUCCCUUCUGGUUGUGGAUCGAAGGAAUCCUCGAUGUGAUCAAAAGACACCUGCUUUCUCUCUGGAACGACGGCUCCAUCAUGGGCUUCAUCAGUAAGGAGAGGGAGAAGGCUCUGCUGAGUGACAAGUGUCCCGGUACCUUCCUGCUCAGGUUCAGUGAGAGCAGCAGAGAGGGAGCUAUCACCUUCACCUGGAUCGAACACGACGUGCACGACAAGCCGGUCUUCCAUUCUGUGGAGCCGUACACAAAGAAGGAACUGUCCGCCGUCUCUUUGCCCGACAUCAUCCGCACCUACAAGGUCAUGGCCGCCGAGAACAUCCCUGAGAACCCGCUUCGUUUCCUCUACCCCAACAUCCCAAAAGACAAGGCCUUCGGGAAGUACUACCCCAAACCCACAGAGACUACAGAGCCCAUGGACGUAGAGAACCCAGAGAGGACCGGCUACAUGAAGACGGAGCUCAUAUCUGUCUCAGAAGUACAUCCGUCCAGACUGCAGGACAACAUGAUGCCGAUGACUCCUGACGACUACAAGGCUUUAUCGCAGUACGUGAGCCCCAGAGAUAUCGAUGCUGUGGCCAACAAUCUGAUUUCUGGAUUUGAAGAGUUUGACGUUCAGAUGAGUUCAGAGUUUUCGGACCAAAACUGAGGACGACCAAGUGUCUUUAUCUCAUCCCUUUCUUCACACUUUACUUUACGUCAGAGCUUUUGGUUGAUCAUUUAUAACGCUCUCAGUGUUGCUGUGGAUCUUAAAACUCUUUUAUUAUUUUAAAAUCAUUAUUAUUAUUAUUAUUAUUAUUAUUAUUAUUAUUGUGGGGUCAGGGAACCUUUUAAGUUUGGAUACAGAUCAGUAUAGUAACCAAUCAGCAGAACAUUGGAGAGAAUAAAGCCCCAUUUGGAAGAGCUUAUCAUCACAGGGUUGGUGGGGAAUAAAAUAUUUACUGUAUAAUAACUGUAAUAAAUGUGAACAUACAUAUUAUUAUUAUUAUUAUUAUUACCCAUAAUAGGAUCACAAUAAUAGUAUAUUAUUGGGCAGAGGGUAAAAAAAAUUGCCCACAUAUUCACUUCACACAAAGCAGGUGAUGUUAAAAUCUCCCAACCUCACCAGGUGAAAUAAAUACAGUCCAAAUGGGGUUAAAAUCAAGUUAAGUCGCUUUAUUUCUGUACAUAUGUUUCUUUUUCUUAUGAAAUGUGAACUCCUCCUUUAAUGUAAAACAGUGAAAUUUAAGAAUGUCAUUCUGAAAAGCCGCCUUCUUUGUAUCAGAAAUACUAUGAACACACGCCGAUUUAAAGGAAACUUUAAAAGAAUAAUUUGUGGAAAAAAUGUGUGACACAUAAUGUAUGUGUUAAGUUUUCCUGUAGCAACCUGAGCUUUUAUUUAAGAAACUGUAUCAUGAGCUUUUGUUUUCUAAAGGGCUGUAACAGUGGAACGAGCAAUUAAACGACAUAAUGACUUCA